UUGAGUCAUCACAAAACGCACCGUUUCGCUUUCCCGCGCGUUAUCGAACCCUUUAAACCCUCCCAAAGCCCCCAAAUCCAACUCUACGGAUUUACAGAGACCCUGAGGGAAAUGGAGCAAUGGCUCCCACUCUUCGACAUCUUCCUGAACUCUCCGACGCCGGAAUCGGAAGCGUCGACGUGGCUGAAGCAAUCUUUCAGUGCCUCGUCGUCAACCGCCGCGCCGAUCACCACUGGAUCCUUCCUCUCGUUGCUGAUGAAGCCAUUGGAGACAAUCGAUGCUUCUUCCGGAGGUCCGUCCCCGAAUAGGGUGAUGUUUAUACAGACUCUGCCGAAUGUGGUUCAGGCGAGGGUUUUGUCGUUUCUGGCUUUGGAUCGUGAAAGGUUUAGCGGCAGGGAGUUGGGUAAAUUGGCUAGAAAUGUUUUGAGUUGUGAUCAGGGGGUUGAUUUUUGGGUCCAGAAAUCUGCACGCCACCUGCUCGACGUAAUGUCUGAGUCAAAUUACGAGUGGAUUUCCUGCUUGGGUUUGGAUUCCCGGGAGGAGGAGGAUGAGUUUGAGUUUGAGUCGUUGCCGGAUUGGCUUAAGUUGUCGGCGGCUGAGAGUGAUUCAGUGAUGCCAUGGCUGCCUAUAUCGGCUGAGGAGUUGAGUUCAAGGACAGUGAGUGGUGAUGAUGGUGGUUCGUUGAGUCAAGUUGGAGGGGAUGAAGAUGAGGAUUUGGAUAUGGAUGAUGUUGUCGAGGAAAUGAAUAUUGAUUCUCCAAAAAGUGUUGAUAUUGAACCUGGAGUUAGAGAGAAGGCUAUUAGUUUGAAAGAGCGGGUUGUGAGUUUUGAAUCAACUUCAAAGACUGUGGGAUUAGCAAAUGAAAUUCGUGAAUUUUGCUUGGACAAAGGAGGAGAAUGUUUCGCAGUUUUGGGUCUGAUUGAACCUUGGUUAGCUGAUGAUGAGACUGCUUCAGUUCUACUUUCUCAUCUGACAAGUGGAGGCGAGGAAGAGCUUACUUGGCCAAGCCAGGUUCUGUGCUCGAUUGUCCUGCCCAAGUUGUUAGUUCUUGAGGAACCAGCCUCACGUGUGCUAGUGACCUCAAUAGUAGAGUACUGCAGGCUACACCAAAGGGCUGCUGAGUAUGCACUGUUGUUUCCACUGAUUCUCCAACAGGAAGGCAUCAACAAUCCUAUAUAUGAUGUGAUCACAAGAGUCAUCAAGGAAAGCUUGCACCCGGCUCAUGUCUCAUCUUUCUGUCAGAAGCUGCUGUGUGGAGAAAAAGAUGAGAGGAGAGUCAUUUGUCUUCCUUGCCACAAAUAUUUGAUAACUGAUAAAAUGGUAUGGACAGAAUCAUUGUUUAGCCUGCUGCAAAGCAUUUUGAAUCAUAAUAUUCAUUUUACACAGAGUUCUGUUGACCAUAUUGUUUACCAGGUUCAGCAAUUGGCUGAAACAUUUUCUAACUCUCUGAAAUUUGGGAACUUUUUGUUAUGUUUAGUCACCAAAUGCUCUCCAUUGUUGAAGCCUCACAAGCUUAUGUUGACUAAAGUAGUUGAGCAAAACAAAACAUUCUUAGCUAAAUCUAUAUUAUGUAAAAUAGCUGGCUUGUAGCUUUUGUUGAUUGUAAUGGACAUGCUUUGUC